AUGGCAACAGGAACACCAACAACUACUUCUCAUAGUGGAAAACAUCGAUUAGAUUCUGAAAUAGAAAAAUAUCGUUUAGAACUUAAUUGGACUAAAAUUCUUGAUAAAUUAAAAAGUGCAAAAGUUUCAGGAGAAGCUCAAUUAGAAUAUUAUUUACAACAAUAUCCAUUAACUGAUUAUCGUCAUAUAGAACAAUCUCGAAAUGAUUUAAUUCGUGUUGAAAAUCUUCUUAAAUCAGCUGGAUCAAUUCGUUCAUUUGAAGGUCAAUGUUUAUUAGCUAAACUAUAUUAUGGUCAAUCACGUUAUGAUGAAUGUUUAACAUAUGUUAUUUUAGCAAUUAAUUCAAUACCAAAUGAUAUUAAUCAGCAACCAAAUAGAUCUUAUUUAUUACUUGCAGAAAUUUUUGCACUUAAUGGACUUUUAUUAGAAAAAAAAAUGAAAAUUUAUUUGAAAUAA